AUGGCCGCUCAGAACGGGAAAGAUCAGGUCUACACAUUCUCUAAUGCCACCCCAGGCGAAGUUUGGGCGAUAGGCACCGCGCUGCCAGCGGCGUGCGGCCUUGUUGUCGCUCUACGUUUCACAACUCGAAAUCUGCAAAAGGCUCGGAUCGGAAUCGACGAUUGGCUCAUUCUAGGUGGUCUUAUUACCUUUGUUGGGAUAGGGAUAUGUUUCAUUAUAGGAGCGGCUACGCACGCCUUUGGCUAUCCGACUCCUCCGUUUCCAGCAGAUCUCACGACGCCAGAUGAGAUACUCAAUUACGUUCUUCCGAUCUCAUCACUGGUGGGGAAGCUUGAAUUCGCCAUCCAACUCCUGACGAUGGUUUGCUAUGGCUUCGUGAAGCUCAGCAUCAUCGCAUUCUAUCGUCGAAUAUUUGUCGUGAACAAGCGCACUCCUUUUGACGUAAUAACAAGAGUCACCGGCGUAGUGAUCUUCUUGUGGGUAAUCACCUUCAUACUUAUCAUCAUCUUUCCCUGCGGAUACCACAUCUCAGACAAUUGGGGUUCGGCCGCAAGUCAAGAGGCGCAUUGUUUAGUCAUAGGCUAUACCAGCUUGGAAGGACUUGCGGCCUCAGACUUUAUCCUCGAUGUGGUCAUCCUCGCUCUUCCAAUUCCGAUGAUAUGGAGCCUCCGCAUGACACCCGUGAAGAAGGUUGCCGUUACAGGAAUCAUGAUGCUGGGUGCUGCAUCGCUUGCCGCAUCCAUCGCACGACUUGUCCUUUACCUCCAGACGCAGAAGGCGGCAAUUGAAGAGAUUCCUGUAGACUUUGACGAAAGCAUAACCUUGAUCAUGUACUGGAGCACGAUAGAGUCCGGUCUCGCCCUCAUUGCAGCCUGCCUGCCUACUCUCAGCUAUCUCUUCAACGGCGUCUCUGUGCAAUCGGCCGUAAACAGCGUGCGCAGUGCGUUCUCUCUGGGUUCCGUGCGCUCCACCCGGAAAUCAGAACCGAGCCGCGCGGACGUGACCAACCCGUAUAUCGACAUCGAAGCCAACAACUCCUCAUCAUCUUACGCGAAGAUGUACACGCGGCCGGAGACGGCAGACACAAGCACGAACUACCCGAUGCAACCCAUUGCAGACUACGAAGAUAAGACGAUGCACGAACAGCCAACAAGCACGGUACGGAAUGGCUUGGAGGCAUGA